AGCAGACUAAACAUAGAAAAAGCCGAAAAUUCGCCCCAGAAAACAAGCCUAAAACGUGACAUCAACCCAAAAUAAAUCAGAAAAAAUGUACCUACCAAACGAAACUCUCCUCCUUAUCGGUCAGCAUAUCGACCCGCUCAUCAAAAAACCAAAUUAUCUCGAACUCGCCCGUGUCUGUCGCCACUGGUACUCUCUCUUCACCCCUCAGCUCUACAGUGAUAUCCGGAUAGACGCGUCCCAGCUUCCUGCUCUGGUCAGAUCUGUCCAUGAAAAUCCGAGACUGGGCACUUAUAUCCGAAGAUUCAUUCUAAGAUGGUGGGAUUCAUGGGACGAAGAAGAAGGAGAUUAUGAUCCUGAGCUCCUGCGCUUCCUGGCUAAAAAAGCAAGCCAUUCGCUAGAAGAAGCAGAAAAAUGGAAAACCAGUCUGAAAAAGACUAAUACCGACGCCUGGUUUGCUGUAUUACUGAUGUACAUGCCUAAUAUGACUACCUUGGAUAUCGAUCAUUCAGGAAAUAGUGACUUUGUCAAACGAAUGUUGUGUCGCGCAGCGUAUCGAGAAAAGCCAUUCGACAGAAUUCCAGGAUUGCAGAAUCUCGAAACAGUGCGAAUUCCCAACGAAGACCGAAACAAGGCUUUUUAUCCAGCAUGUGAAAUUGUCCCAUUCUUUCACCUCCCGAAAGUACGGUUCUUGCAGGGGGAAACCGUGAUUGAGAAUGAAUAUGACAAGAGGGAUGAUCAUCCAGCUCAGAAAGCAGCCAAAGGGACAUCACCCAUCCAGAGAAUCAAAUUCAAUAACUGCAAUGGAAGGAAGGGGUUCACUGAAUUCAUCGCGUCCUGUGCAAAUCUCCAAGAAUUCGAAUAUCAACAUUCCAAUCAGGAGAUUUGGGGCGAGACUUAUAUAGGAUUUCGGCCGUGUUUGUUUUACAAGGCGCUUCUUACGCAGAAACACAGUUUACAAGUACUUCGAUUGAAUGAUGGGGGAGACCAUGAAAUGACUGACAUGGGGGAAGAGGGAGAGGAAGAGGAAGACUCACAUCCAGACGACUGGUUUGGAUCAUUGAAAGAAUUCAUUUAUCUGCGUGAACUACGCAUUCGAAUUCGCAAUUUAUUCGACUAUGGCAGGGAGAAUAAGACACCUUCUCUUUCCUUACAAGAAAUACUUCCGAGCAGUCUGGAGUACUUAGUCUUGGCAAACUACGAUGUCCUUCAAUACUCUGUCAUCAACAGCAAUCUACACGAGCUCCUAUCUCGUCGCGAGGAGUUCCCCAAUUUGCGGAAAAUAGAAAUCCAACCAGGCGAGGCGGAAAGAAUCUAUCCUGCAAAAAGUGUGAUUUACUGGAAAGAUAAUUUCCAGGCUCCAAUUGGUGCUCGGGAAUCGUUUAGAGAAAUUGAGAGGGUUUGUGGGGAGGUGGGAGUUGAAUUUGGAUAUUGUUUUGGGGGUAUGAUUCGUGUACUAUCAUAAUGGGUUAACUAAGCCUACCAUAAAAAUUUUUGGUUGUAUUACCCUUAGAAACGUGUGUAACACAACAUAGAACCAAUGGCCACUAAAGCAGUACUCAUCUUAGACUUGUCCCACGGUCUUAGUUUGACUUGACCCAGCCUAGAUUCCUGCGGGUGCUUUGCCACCACCAACAAUCCAAACCCAGAGCGAGUGAAGCUGAUCGUGGU